GUAAUGUUACUGUUACACACAACUCCCGUUAUUCCCUUUAUAUAUUUGUAAAUAACAGUGUCAAUACCGGCUUUCUUCACAUAUUUACAUUAGCUUGUAGCAGCUGUACAGUGAACGAAAAAUUUCUAUUGUGAAAAAAAUAAGUUAUCAUUAAGCAGGAACUAUUUUUAUACUACUUAAUCUGCUGAACAUUACUUUUGGAGAGAGAGUGCAGUUUGUGUGUUCAACUAUCACUAGGGAAUUAAUCAAUGUUUUCAGGAAUAUUAACAAUAUAUUUAUUUCAAAAGUGAUAUGAAAUUUGGAUUUAAAUUCUUUUCCUAAGUGAUAAUUGUGUUUGUGAUUUAGCAGUUUUCUCAGUUUUUAACACAAAAUAAGAGAUUUAUGUAUCAAAGAGGAAGUUAUCACUAAAUGUUGUUUGGACUUGUUACAGUUAUGUAAGGAGAAAAUUAUGAUAGGAUCGGGGAGAGCCCUCCAGGAAAGGACUUGCCUUCCAACCAGACUGUUGAAAAGUCUGGUGGACAGGACGGAGGAUCGUCACCAAACUCUCCAGAAAAAGUUCCCGCUAAGCCUCUCAGUACGGCGUGGGAAACAGCAAUAGGUGCUGCUACAGCAUCCACAAUGACACGAAAACGGGCUAAUGCACGCAAACAACAAACUCAAAAUGUGCGACCACAAAGAGCUUUAUUUUGUUUGACGUUAAAUAAUUCUAUGAGGAAACUAUGUAUUCGUGUAGUAGAAUGGAGGCCUUUUGAGUUUUUAAUUCUGCUGACCAUCUUUGCCAACUGUAUAGCACUGGCUAUUUAUACUCCGUAUCCAAAGGGAGACUCAAAUACAAUCAACCAAGCUUUGGAGCACGUAGAAUAUAUUUUCCUUGUAAUAUUCACAUUAGAAGCCAUAAUGAAGAUAAUAGCAUAUGGUUUUGCAUUACAUUCUGGUGCAUACCUACGGAAUGGCUGGAACAUUCUAGAUUUUAUUAUUGUAGUUAUAGGUAUAUUUAGUUUUGUAUUUAAAGAAUUAGACCUUAAGGGUUUUGACGUGAAAGCCCUACGAGCGUUUAGGGUGUUACGACCUUUACGUUUGGUAUCAAGGGCACCUAGUUUACAAGUAGUUUUAAAUUCAAUUGUGAGAGCUAUGGUGCCUUUACUUCAUAUAGCCCUUUUGGUGAUCUUUGUAAUUAUUAUAUAUGCCAUUAUUGGGUUAGAACUCUUCUCAGGAACAUUGCACAAGACCUGUUAUAAAAGGGAUUCAGGUGAAAUGAUGGAAGAACCACAUCCCUGUAAUUCAGAAGAAAAAGGAUUUAAUUGUGAUAAUGCCACCUAUGAGUGUCGAGAAGGGUGGAUAGGCCCUAACAAUGGAAUAACAAACUUUGAUAACUUUGGAUUUGCCAUGUUGACAGUAUUUCAGUGUAUAACUAUGGAAGGUUGGACAAAUGUUUUAUAUAAUAUAAAUGAUGCGGUUGGCAAUGAAUGGCCAUGGACAUAUUUUAUAAGUUUAAUUAUUAUUGGAUCAUUUUUUGUACUCAACUUAGUUUUAGGUGUUCUUAGUGGAGAAUUUUCCAAAGAGAGAGAAAAAGCAAAAGCGAGAGGUGAUUUUCAAAAGCUUCGAGAGAAACAGCAGUUAGAGGAGGAUCUGCGUGGGUAUUUAGAUUGGAUUACCCAAGCGGAGGAUAUCGACCCGGAGAAUGAAGAUGACAUAGAAGAAGGUGCUACUCCCCGCCAUAAAAAUGCCAGUGAAACAGCUUCAGACAAAACAGAAGAUGUUGAAAAUGGUGAAAUACAACAAACAUGGUGCAUUAGGAAAAGUCGUAGAUUACGAAAGUUAAAUAGACGUUGUAGAAGAUUAUGUAGAAAAUUAGUGAAAUCUCAAGUUUUUUAUUGGCUUGUCAUUGUGAUGGUGUUCCUGAAUACCUGUGUUUUAACAUCAGAACAUUACGGACAACCUGAUUGGUUGGAUGAUUUCCAAGAAGUUGCCAAUCUAUUCUUUGUUGUGCUAUUCACAUUAGAAAUGUUUCUCAAAAUGUACAGUUUAGGCUUCCAAGGCUAUUUUGUGUCUUUAUUUAACCGUUUUGACAGUUUAGUUGUGUUAUUCAGUAUAGUAGAAGCCAUCUUAAUAUUUACAAAUGUAAUGCCGCCAUUAGGAGUGAGCGUGUUACGUUGUGCAAGGUUACUUAGAGUAUUCAAAGCUACCAGGUAUUGGGCAUCACUGCGUAACUUGGUAGCGUCACUGUUGAACAGUAUGAGAUCUAUAGCCAGUUUACUCUUGUUGUUAUUCCUUUUUAUUGUGAUAUUUGCCUUAUUGGGGAUGCAGUUAUUUGGUGGGAAUUUUAACUUUGACAAUGAACCAAAACCUCGCAGUAACUUUGACAGUUUCUGGCAGUCAAUGUUAACAGUGUUCCAGAUCCUGACAGGAGAAGAUUGGAACGAAGUUAUGUAUAAAGGAAUUGAUGCUUUUGGUGGAGUGAAUAAGAUUGGUUUUCUUGUUUGUUUUUAUUUUGUUAUAUUAUUUAUUUGUGGUAACUAUAUAUUGUUGAAUGUGUUCUUGGCCAUUGCUGUUGAUAAUUUGGCUGAUGCUCAGAGUCUGACGGAGAUUGAGGAAGAGCAGGAGGAGGAAAAAGAAAGGAUGAGAUCUAUACGAAGGUCAAAAAGUAGAACACCUGAUGGAGAGAAAGAUAUGCAGCCUGAUGAAGAUGAGGGUGUAGGAGGGAUGAAUGAAGAAGGUACAGUGGAAUGUGAAGACUUGGGGAGGCUCUCCAGGAAACCAAGUGCAAGGUCAUCUAGAUCUUACAGGAAAGAUGACAGUCCUGAGCCACACAGAGUACGAAUGAAUAACAGCGAUGGAUCCCCAGGGGAGUUCCGUGACAGCCAUCAGAUACCCAUAGAGGGUAAUGAAGAAGAUGAAAAUCAGAAUGAUAUGGAAGAUGAUGAUGAGACAAUUGAUGAGGAAGAUGAAUCUCAUCAUUCUACAGCACGUCCUCGUCGUAUCACAGAAGUACCCAACGAAAAAGUCAAAAUGAUUCCAGAGGCUUCAUCAUUAUUUGUCUUCUCUAAAACAAACAAAUUCCGUAUAAUAUGUCACAAGAUCUGUAAUCAUCCAUACUUUGGGAAUGUGGUAUUAGCCUGUAUAAUAAUCAGUAGUGGUAUGUUAGCUGCUGAGGACCCACUAGGCUUUGAUAAAAAGAGAAAUAGUAUUCUGAAUAAAUUUGACUAUUUUUUCACCACUGUUUUCACUAUUGAAAUUCUCAUCAAAAUUGUAACCUAUGGUCUGAUAUGGCACAAAGGAUCAUUUUGUCGUAGUUUCUUCAACAUCUUAGAUUUGAUUGUAGUUGCUGUAUCAUUGAUAUCUUUUAUAUUCCAAAAUGAAACCAUAUCUGUAGUAAAGAUUCUUAGGGUGCUGAGAGUAUUGAGACCAUUGAGAGCUAUAAACAGAGCCAAAGGAUUAAAGCAUGUAGUACAGUGUGUGAUAGUGGCAGUAAAAACUAUCUACAACAUCAUGUUAGUCACAUUCCUACUGACCUUCAUGUUCUCCGUUAUAGGGGUACAGUUGUUUAAGGGGAAAUUUCACAAAUGUACAGAUGAAUCAAAAGAAAUACAAAGUGAAUGCCAUGGUAAAUUUGUAGUAUUCCCUGAUGGCACUAUUGAUAAUCCAAAAGAAAGAGACAGAGUCUGGACAAAUAAUGAGCUAAAUUUUGACAAUGUACAUUUAGCUAUGCUGACAUUGUUUACAGUGGCUACAUUUGAAGGAUGGCCACAAUUACUGUAUAUAUCUAUAGAUUCACAAGAAGAAGAUCUUGGUCCAAAGCACAACUUCCGUCCAAUAGUAGCUGUGUUCUAUUUUAUCUACAUCAUUGUGAUCGCUUUCUUCAUGGUUAACAUCUUCGUAGGUUUUGUCAUCGUCACCUUUCAGAAUGAAGGAGAACAGGAAUACAAAAAUUGUGAAUUAGAUAAAAAUCAGAGAAAAUGUAUAGAGUUUGCAUUAAAAGCCCGACCAAUGCGACGAUACAUACCAAAGGCGAGGUGGCAAUACAAGAUAUGGUGGUUUGUCACCUCGCAAGCAUUUGAAUAUGGAAUCUUUACACUUAUUAUGUUAAACACUGUUAUAUUAGCUUUAAAGUAUGACGGACAGUCAGAAACUUAUUCCAAAGCAUUAGAUUAUCUGAACAUGAUCUUCACUGGUGUAUUUACAAUAGAAUUUGUACUUAAACUUAUGGCAUUUAGAUUUAAGAACUACUUUGGAGAUCCCUGGAAUGUAUUUGAUUUCAUCAUAGUCCUAGGAAGUUUUAUAGAUAUUAUAUACACAGAAGUAAAUCCUGGUCAAGGUAUAAUUAGCAUCAACUUUUUCCGGUUGUUCCGUGUGAUGAGACUGGUUAAAUUGCUCAGUAAAGGGGAGGGUAUUAGAACACUCCUAUGGACAUUUAUCAAAUCAUUUCAGGCUCUUCCCUAUGUAGCACUGCUGAUAGUUAUGUUAUUCUUUAUCUAUGCAGUUAUUGGCAUGCAGAUAUUUGGGAAGAUAUCUAUAAAUAAUGAUGACAGUCAGUUACAUAGAAACAAUAAUUUUCAAACUUUCCAGCUGGCUGUUUUAGUUCUAUUCAGAUCAGCAACAGGAGAGGCGUGGCAAGAUGUCAUGUUGUCAUGUGUACAUAAACCUAACGUGUUAUGUGAAACAGGUCCACCUCCUGAUGAGUUGGUCAACCAAGUCAACAGCACUUUUACAGCAGCUGCUGAUGUUUGUGGAACAGAUUUUGCCUACUUCUAUUUUAUAUCUUUCUAUAUUCUGUGUUCAUUUUUAAUUAUAAAUUUAUUUGUUGCUGUCAUCAUGGACAACUUUGACUACCUAACAAGAGAUUGGUCAAUUCUAGGACCACACCAUCUUGAUGAGUUUGUUAGAUAUUGGUCAGAUUAUGAUCCAGAGGCAAAGGGCAGAAUCAAACAUUUAGAUGUAGUUACUUUGUUAAGAAAAAUAUCACCACCAUUAGGUUUUGGUAAAUUAUGCCCACACAGAGUGGCAUGCAAGCGCUUAGUCAGUAUGAACAUGCCUUUAAACAGUGAUGGUACUGUCAUGUUUAAUGCGACUCUGUUUGCGUUAGUUCGAACAUCGCUGAAAAUUAAAGUGGAAGGAAAUAUUGAUGAUUGUAAUGAGGAACUACGGAAAGUUAUUCUUAAAAUCUGGAAGAGAACAAAUCAGAAACUACUGGACCAAGUGGUCCCCCCUGCUGGUAGGGAGGAUGAUGUGACAGUAGGAAAAUUCUAUGCAACUUUUCUUAUACAAGAUUAUUUCCGACGCUUUAAGAAGCGUAAAGAACAAAUGCAGAAAAUCCAGAAAGGUCAAGAGCAUACUAAUGCCUUACAGGCUGGUUUACGUGCAGUUCAUGACUUAGGACCAGAAUUACGUAGAGCUAUUUCUGGUAACCUAGAUGAGGAAGAUUUCAAUGAAAAAGAUGUGGAGGAACCAAUGCAUAGAAGAAACCACAGCUUGUUUGGUAGUGUGAUGACAGCCAUAACUGGAGUCAACAAAACAGCAUUACCGAUUGCCGGCAAAACUCCUCAGUAUCUUGCUAAUCAAACGCCAAAAAUUAUUCCUGCCAAUUCUCACACCACUAUCUCACCACAGAAUUCAAUCAAUGGUAAAGUGACACCUGGUGGAUCCAGUAAUCACCUAAAUGUAGAAUAUCGUAAUGCUAUUAAUCGUUCACCUUCACCUUUAGCUCCAGUCAAAGUGUCGCCAAUUAUGUCAAAUGACAUGCGACGUCUCAGUCAUACAAGUGCCAUAUCUUCAGCCUCAGAUUCCUACAAAGAUGUUCAGCCUCAUAGUCCAGCUAGUCAUACGUCAGAUACGGAGACUUAUCCUCCUUCCUAUGAUGGUGCUAAUGACAGUCGAGGUCACAAGGGCAACAAUAUAAAGCCAGGGGCCUCAGAGCUCACCAAAAAGCAGGGCAUUUAUGUAUAUAGAGAUCUCCCACAAGAAGACAGUGAUUUUGAACGAGAGCAUACACCACCUACACCUCCACCAAGAAAACUCAGUCGGAAAGGAGCGUCGCUGAGACUGCGGUGUUUAGGAAAGCAGGAGAGUGACGAGAACCCUCUAAUGAAGAAGGUAGCAGAACCUCUCAAAUUAACACAAACUCAGGCCAUGGCUGUGGCUAGGAUGGCACCAGAUGGACAACCAAGACCUCUGGUACCAGACCAUAAGAGGACCCCACCUAAUUCUCCAGGCAGCAUGAGACAGUCUUACUUGUCACAAGGUCUUCAGAAACUUUUCCAAAGAAGAAAAUCCAAACCUCCAACAGCACUUCCAACGCAUUUAUUUACUCGAUCCAACUCCAUCUUUGAAGGGAAAAGUAUAGACUCCUCACCCAGACAGACAAUGCAUAGAGCCAGUGAUUCUGCAUUUAUGAAUGCCUCAUCUGGUGGUCCAUAUGCCAGAGGUGGAGCUAGAGGUCCACUCAUUAUACCAGACCAUGUGAUGUCCCAACAGCAGUCCAAUAGACAUGGAAUGUUUCCCUCGUCUAAUCUUAGGGGAAGUGCAGAAGAUCUCGUAAAUCAGGUGCUAACUGAGGAAGGUUUAAACAGAUACAUUGAUGCAAGAGCUUUACAACAAGAAAUAGCUGAGGCUGGCGACAUGACUAGGGAAGAAAUGAACAAUGCAGCUAGGCAACUUCUGCAAGGACAAAAGACACCAUAUUAUGAUCACCAUAUUGGUGGAUUCAAAGCUGAGGAGCUGAAAGAUUAUAAUAAAUAUUCUGACAGGAAGAAUCAGGAGAGUUUUGAAGAUGCUGAGGAACAAACGAGUCCCAAACGUGGUCAGCGUCCCCAUAGCUACAGGAAGUGAUAGAGGCAGCACUGUUAUAAGACUGGAUGUGUGCUCAGUAUUUGCAGGUCCCAAUGUUCUGUUAAAUACAGUAGGACUGUUGGAUAAUGCACUUCUCCUCAUGGUUGGAGGGGUUUUAUUUCUUUAGUUGUUUAUAAGAUCUGUUUGUUACAUUGUGAAUUAACUCUAUCCAAGUCACAACCAAAGCUUUUUAAAGAAAUGACAUUAAAAGUAGAGAAUUUGUGAUACACUUUCAUCAAAGCUUAUGGUUGUACAUGAAUUAUAAGCCCCAUGCCACUCUCAUAAAUACUUUUUAAAUUCAUAAUGCUUGAAGACAUACUUGCAUGGACUUAUAGAACAAAGUAAUUCCUUGUUCACACAUCGUUUAGUUUUUACACAUAGUCCCUUUCUACUUCAAAAGAAGUAUCAAUAAAUGUUUGUAGAGGACAAUAUAAAAAGGGGAAAUUUAUAAUUGGAACCCUUCUUUCAGUUCAUCAAUUGUACAAUACAUGAACUGAUUCCUUUCAAUGGUUAAUCAAGUUUUUUUUGGAAGCUGCUAGUUUAUUGUGAUUUUUGUUUUUCCUAUUGUCCCCAAUAUUUUGUUUGUUUUUAUAGAUAUUUUAUUAUACACAAUUGUACACUCACAAUUUAAUGUGUUUAGCACGUGAUAAGUCCCAGUGUUGUGACAGUAUACACAUUUUUCUUAGUUUUGUGAUCUCUGGAAUAUUUCUUGUGUUGUGUUUUUUUGUAUAUGUUUAUUUAUUAGUUACCUCUUUGUUUUUUAAUUUACAUACAAUAUGUUUAAUAUAAAGUUAAUUUACAUACAAUAUGUUUAAUAUUAAGUUAAUUUACAUACAAUAUAUUAAGUUAAUUAUUUAAAGUAUAAUUGAUUUGUUAAAUGAACAAAAAUGCCCUCAUAUAAUGUCAAAAGUGAAAUGUUAGGAUGAUGUCCAUCUUGAAUUUAAUAAAAGUAAACAUUUGAAGAAAGAUUCUGGAAUUUUUAAGAUCUGCAAGUUUUUUUUACAACAAAUUAAAAGUGAUAUAUUUUUUUUUUAAAUACAGAUAUUUUGGUCUCUGGGUUUUAGGGUUUUGAUGUUACUCUUACAUAAGAAUAAUGAAAGAUAGAAGAACAUAUCAAAAGGACAAGAUAUAAGAAGUUUAUAGCUAGAGAAGAAUGAACGGGAAGAUACUCAUCCUGAAAUCUACACAUCAAUUACCAGAGUCUAUCUUUAGUAGACUGAGUAUCUAAUUCUUACCAUUUAAUCUUCCCUUUCCUUAAAUUUACACAUCAAUUACCAGAGUCUGUCUUUAGUAGAGUGCUCAGAGACAAAGAACAACCAUAUUUGAUUGGUCUGUCUGAAGUAAUUGAAUGUUUAUUGUAACUGUACACAAUUUGACAGUUGUGGGUUUAAUUCAUAAAAUAAUAUCAUAUUCAUUGUUUUUAUUAAGCAGUCCAUUAAGAAAUGGUGCUCUUGAAAAAAAAAACAAUGGUUUAAAACCAAUCAUGUUUUGACUACUUCAACACCAUUAAUUACAUCACUGAUACAAGAUAACAUCACUGAUACAAGAUAACUGGUGAUUAAAGCAUUAUAUUCUUUGUUGUUUUUGUAUUGGUUGUUUAUAUGUUUCUCAUGUAAUUUUGUAUUUUAUAAAUCCAUCAUGCCUUCACCUAGCAAAUAUUGGUUCCAAACCAAACCCAUGAGUUGUGAAUCAUUCCACUUAAAAGAAUACAAAAGUUUCUUUUCCUGUUUUCUUCAUCUCAAAGAUUUCAUUUUUGUGAUUUAAAGAGAUCAAUAUUUAGUAGCAACAUUUUCAUCAUAUCAUUUUUCUAAAUAAUAGUAAUCACUGUUAUUCUGUUAUUUAUAUUUCAUGUUUUUGGACCUUUUUUGUCAUGAGUUUUUAAGAAAACAGAAAAGGCAAUGUUUGUAUCAAUAUAUAUCUCCACCAUAUUUACACCUAGGACAUAUUUUUAAUAUACAUUGCAUUAAAGAAACUUGCUAUUGAAGUUGUAUAUAUUUUAUUGCAACAUCUAUUUAUAGUUAUCUCCCCUUUGAUUUGUUUGGCCAGUUGUGUCCCUUUUUUAAAUUAGCAACUUAAGUUUGAAGUAUUUGACAGUUUUCAUAUUUCAUAUUUAUAAUUUUGUAGCUUCUCUUGUUUAUGAAAUGAGAAGAGCUUGAGCCAGAUUGUUAGUUUAACAGAAUAUAAUUGGUCAAUAAAUGAUUGCAACUUUGAUGUGAAAAGACAGGACAAUCUUUAAAAUGUGUUCAAUUUCUCGUGUUUAAUAAAGUUUUGUGUUCACAUACCAAGGUGUUUAUUCUUUUUAUUUGUUUAUUUAGAAUAUCAUGUUUUAACAAAAGUUUAUAAGUCGUUUGUAUUCACAGUUGUGUCUACUAGGUGGUUAAAACUAAAACAUGUUGAUUUUAAAGUUAAAUGAGGUAUAUAGUAGAUAUGUAAUUUCUCAUAAAGUCCUAGAAUGUUGAUUUGUCCCAGAUUUUGGUCUGCACUGUAAUAUAAAGUUUUAGCUGUUGUUUAAAUUUACAGUUGCAUAGAAUAAUGUUAUUCAACUUCAGAUGUGUUUCAAGAUAGUAAAAAAAAAAAUUGCCACUGAUGAAUAAUUUUUCAAGAAAAAUGUUUUUCUCUCUGUCACAGAAUGCAGGUCAUGCAUGCUUGACUGGUGAUUUUUUUUAUUGUAUAAAAUUUUAGAUGAUUAGGUUCUCAUUACAAAAAAGUAUGGGUCAACUAUAUUUGGUGUAUAUGAUGGGUGCUUAUAGCUUUCAGAUAAAUGUCAGCAGUGACAUAACUCUCUCAUUUACUGAGAUAUCAGCUAUGUUUGGUGUAUAGAAUUGUUAUGAGGUUUAUAUGAUUAACUGUCAUCUCACAUUUACUAGGAUAUCAGCUAUGUUUGGUGUAUAGAAUUGUGAGGUUAAUAUGUCAUCUCACAAUCACUUCAUUUUCAUGGUUCAAUGCUUUAACGUUGAGGUUUCUUAAAUUCACUGGUUUUAGAUUGAUUUGAUUUUUCUAUGUGUGUUAUAGUUUGAAAAACAAGGGGGAAAACACACUUACAACAAUUUAGCAUAGUUAAAAUUUGUUUUUAUAAGUGCAUUUGUUAUUUAAAAGAUUAUAUGUUGAAUAGACGUAUUUACACUUGUAUGCAAAUUUGUCCGCCAUUACAUAACAUCACACAGGUUCCCGUAAACUUUGACUUCAUAAUUCAAAACAUAUGACGUCACAACUAAAAAGUGAUUGUUGCUUGACGUCAAAAGGUUAUUUGGAGGUGAUGUAAGGUCAUUUGGAGGCAAGAUACAGCUAAAUACCAAAAGUGUAAAUACGUUUAUUUGCAUCCCUUUUCCUGGCUACCUUCAUGUUUGAAGUUAAACAAUUGAUAAAUCCUUGUUUUUCAUGUCAUAUUUGUCAUUUAUUUAAGAAAUCAUUGUUAGAUUUUGUAUAUAUAGAAUAUUUUCUGUGUACAUGCAUUAAUUAAUUUAUUACAAAAUUAUAUUAUCUGUUUUGUGAAUAAAAUAUUUAUAAAUCAAAAAUAUUUAAGUUGAUAUAUAUUUAUUUGUAAGAAUUGUUUUAAAGUGAUUGUUCAUGUCAUGAUAUACAAAUAAGGGGGACAACUUGUGUUAAUUGAUUUGUGAUGAAUAUUAAAUGAUACAUUAAUCCAAGUAAGUUAUUCAUGUUUAUUAGUGAUAAGUUUUAGGCAAUCACAGUCAUAUUACUUCCUUGAAAAAGACUGAUUCAAUUUUUCACAUGUGACACUUUUUUCAAUAUUGUCAUCAUUGAAUAUAAAAUACAUUUGGGUAAACUGAAUACAAAACUUUAAAAAUUGGUAAACAGUUAAUGUUUUUAAAGAAUAUCACUUUUUUCCAAUUUUACUUUUUGUUUAAGUUUAUAAUUGCGAAUGAUAAAAAUCUUCAAAAUUCCAUUCUUGAUAUAAAAUACAAAAGUUUUUAACGUAAGAAUAAAUGUCUAUUUGUUAUUCAUCUCAUGUUUGAAUCCUUGUAGUAAUCAUUUUUGUAUUGUCAUGGUAACAAUGAGCAGCAUUUAUCAUGUGAGUUAGAAGGGGAGUUGUGAUUGGUUGUAUGAAUGUUAAGCAUACACCUUUUAUAAGCCAAAACAAACCCCACCUUUGUGUAUGUAUAAAUGAGGAUAAACAUAAUGAAUGAUAAAGAAUUUUUAAAACCUGUAAAUUGAUAAAACCAACAUUGCAAGGAUUGUUUUCUUAAUAUGUGCAAUAAAUAAUGAAAAUAUUGUA